AUGGACACUCAACACUCAUAUCCAGAUGAAAAGAACAUGAAGGGCGAGGGUGAGUCACUGGGCCGGGACAUGGAUCUGGGCCAAGUGCUUGCUGUUCAAUCAACACCGGAAGAGGAACGCAGGGUGCUAUGGAAGCUUGAUCUCAUAUUAAUACCUUUGAUGGGCGCCGCAUAUUUCCUUCAAUUUCUGGAUAAAUUGGCUUUGAGUCAAGCGACGUUGUUCAACUUGCGGCAGGAUUUGAAUAUGCAUGGGAAUGAAUACUCGUGGGCAUCAGCAAUCUUCUACUUUGGAUACUUCUCCUGGAGCUGGCCCAGCUCAUACAUCAUGGUUCGGCUUCCAAUUGGGAAAUAUAUUUCAGUCUCAGUAUUCCUGUGGGGCGGUGUUAUGAUGUGCCAUGCUGCUUGUUCCAACUGGAGUGGACUCAUGACAGUUCGCUUCUUCUUGGGCGUGGGUGAGGCGGCUAUCGCACCGGGCUUCACGCUGCUCACUGGAAUGUUUUACAAACGCGAGGAACAACCCCUUCGACAAUCUGCCUGGUUUUUCGGAAAUUGUCUAGCUGUCCUCAUCGGUGGAUUGAUUGCCUACGGCAUCGGAACAAUCGAGACCUCCGUCAUCUCCCACUGGAAGCUCUUGUUCCUCAUUCUCGGCGCUAUCACCUCGUUCUAUGGAAUCGUCUUGUUCGCAAUGCUGCCCGACUCACCCGCCAAGGCCAUAUUCUUGAAGCCCAAUGAGCGGGCUAUCGCCGUGCAGCGAACUUUGAAGAACAAAACUGGAGUUAUGGAUACCGGUGUUUUCAAAUGGUCACAGGCCUUUCAGGCCUUGAGAGAUCCCCAGACGUGGCUUUUGGUGUUGAACUCGUUCACUUCAAACCUGGCCAAUGGAGGACUCACCAGUUUUACUUCGAUCAUUACGGCCGGCUUUGGAUUCAGUGACCUGAAAGCUCUGAUCAUGCAAAUGCCACAAGGUGGUGCCCAGAUUGUAUUCAUGCUCAUCACCUCGACUGCAGCAACCCUGAUUCCCUCCUUCCGCAUCUUGGGAAUGAUAUUUAAUACGAUGGUCGCAAUUGUGGGACUGAUUCUCAUUUGGAAGCUUGAUCCUGAUGACCAAGCUGGGAGAAUGGUGGGCUUGACACUGGCCGUUGUCUACGUGAUCAACCUGCCAAUCUCGCUGAGUAUUAUCACCUCCAACGUGGCUGGAUUCUCCAAGAAGAGCGUCGUGAGCUCCCUGCUCUUUAUUGCAUACUGCGUUGGAAAUAUUGUCGGGCCUCAAUUCUUCCUGUCGUCGGAGGAGCCAUCAUAUCCGACCGGCAUCAAAGCUUCCAUGUCAGGCUUGGUUCUCAGUCUUUUCUUCCUCAUCUGCUUGUAUGUUUAUUACAGGUGGGAAAACCGCCGUCGGGACAAGCUAUACGGUUUGCCAGAACAGCUCACUGUGGGCGCCGAGCUGCAAGAUGAGUUGUCAAACAAGACGGACCGCGAGAUCGAGAGCUUUCGUUAUUUGCUUUAG